GGUCACGGCCCAUUCGGCGGGAGAAGGUCUCCGAGCGUGCUGGGUUCGCUUGGGUCACCCCCGCUCCCGGCCUGGCGCCAUGUCGGCGUCCCGGAACCUGCGCACCGCGCUCAUUUUCGGCGGCUUCGUCUCCCUGGUCGGCGCAGCCUUCUACCCCAUCUAUUUCCGGCCUCUAAUUAGGGUGGAGGAAUACCAGAAGGAGCAAGCAAUAAAUCGGGCUGGGAUUGUUCAAGAAAACGUGCAGCCACCAGGGUUGAAAGUGUGGUCUGAUCCAUUUGGCAGGAAAUGAGGAGACUAUCACCACGUGCCGUUAUAAAAUGGCCUUUGCCCUGCCUUCCACUCUGCAUCGUCAAGCACACUGGGUCACUCGUUGUGCAAGGGUGGUUGGUGGCUGGGAGGAGAACUCUGACAGCCCUGCAAGCCGCUUGCAAUGAGGCUAGGUACUUCUUCCCUUCCCAAAUACCAAGUGACCCUGAAGUGGAUGACCACAGGAAGGUCUUGUGAUUCAGUUGAUUUUCCAUAAAUAGACUGUUCCGUGAGGCUUCUUAUAGGAGGCUUAAUGAAGGCCCAUGUCUGCCUCGCCACCUUCUACAGAAGGGAUUUCAGUGAAAGCCCCCACAAGCUGAGCUGCCUCCUAGAGCUCUUUGGAAGCAUUUCAGUUGCUAAAGCCCUUUGAGGACAAAGUACUCUGUGCUGCUUAAGAAGACAGUUUGUUUUAACUGCCUCUUGUGAAGAUGGCUUCAUGUUGGAAAGUAAGUAAAUGGAAGCAGGUGGAACUGGACAGGGCACACAGUAGAAAUCAGUGGUGUGUUCCCGGCAAUGAAUGUGCAGAUUAAAAUGAUUCCUUUUACUCUGCA